GGCCAGUGCUAAUCUAAUCAGGCUAGCGGCAUAUCUAAAUCCGGAAUAGCGGCAGAUGCCGAAUACGAGGGUUCCCAGGAGGGUUAGACUGAAGGGCAUGAGGGCGGCCCACCGGCCCCACCAAUCUUUGUGCUGUCCGGCUUAGUUCAUCCUGCGUCAGUGCCCGUGCCAAUCUCUCGAGAUGUCUGGGUGCUGGCUGCUGGCUCCAUGUGGGACUGGUCUGAAUUGUGAGGUUGGCUAUACUCGUCUUGGCCCGUGGGAAAUGGGAUCAUCUGCGAGGUGUCUGAAUCCGAUGACUCGAGUCGGUACCAGCUUUGACGGGGAGGAUGACUCUUUGAGGAGCACACUCAUGAGUUCAGCUGCACGGGGGUUGCCGUGGGGAAGGCAGCAGCGAGUUACCUGGUUGUUCUUCCCAUCUCCUCGGAGAGAUAUUACCGAGGCAGGUCAGUGAACAAUAACAAUGUUGUUGAUGGACAAAACCAGCCUCCCCUCAUUCCCACGUUUGUUAGCCGUUUCAGCCCCUCACUCCUACGGAGUACAGGUAUGUUGACAGUCGACAGUCGCACGCGAAACAGCAGAAGAAUGCCCGAACGCUGAAAUGCAGGAACACGCUGAUCUCCCUCGUAAAUUCUUCAGUAUCCUAGCCAGGAUUCUAUAAUUAUCUCCCAUGCAUCCAUCCAUGACCCAUCGCAUCCAUGCGCUCGGUGUCACAUCAUACCCUGGCUUCGGGGAAUCGCGAUAUCCUCCUCCCCGCGAUUGCUCGGGCCUUCGCCUAUGAGGUGGGUGGUGCCAGCCG